CUUGUCUUCACCUCAACCAUGGUCUCUGCAGCAUUCGCCAGCAGGCCUGUGAAAAAGCUUUGUCUCUUCGAUGUCGACGGAACACUCAGCCUCGCGCGUCAGGAAGCCUUGCCAGAGAUGCUCGCAACCCUCCAGGCCCUGCGCCAAAAGCUCGUCAUAGGUUUCGUCGGCGGCUCCGAUCUCACAAAGAUCUCAGAACAACUCGGGAGCAACGCGAUCCACGACUUUGACUACGCAUUUUCCGAAAAUGGGUUAACGGCGUUCAAGCUCGGCGAACCGCUCCCUUCGCAGUCGUUCAUCGACUUUAUAGGUGAAGAAAGGUAUAAAUCCUUGGUCAAGUUUAUACUUCAUUAUAUCGCGGAUUUGGAUAUACCCAUUAAGCGAGGAACGUUCAUCGAAUUCCGUAAAGGCAUGGCAAACGUCAGUCCAAUCGGCCGAAACGCCACGAUCCAAGAACGUAUCGACUUUGAGAAAUACGAUUUGAAACACGGAAUCAGAGCAACACUCGUUCAAGCGCUCAAGGACAACUUCCCAGACUACGGUCUAACAUAUUCCAUCGGCGGGCAGAUAUCAUUCGACGUAUUCCCGCAUGGGUGGGAUAAGACGUUCGCGCUUGGACGCGUCGCGGAUGAGGAAUUCGAGGAGAUCCAUUUCUUUGGUGAUAAAACGUACAAGGGUGGAAAUGACUAUGAGAUCUUUACUGAUCCACGGACCAUUGGACAUGCUGUUAAGCACCCUGAGGAUACCAUCCGCAUCGUAAAGGAGUUGUUCCUCAGCAACUAAGGAUAGGAAGGAUAUGCAAGGACAGUAGGAAGCAUCCACGACAUUUUUACAUACAUAGAUGCAAAGGACUAUCAAUGUAUUAGAGGUCAACGUUAACUGUACAAUUUUUUU